CAUUACUAUUAUAAUAAACUUUAAACUUCAGCAAGGUGGGCAAAAGGCUGCCAACGUCGGCUGAAGAUACCCUGCCUUCUUCAGGAAACGAAGCUCUGAAGAUGAAGGCUGCUCUUUUGUACUUGACUCUUUGUGGCUUAACCUGGGCUCAGUCGGAGCUUCAACCCCAUUACAGGAAAGCGAAGCAGAAGUGCCGGGGAGAUCACCAGAUAAUGCUCAAAGAUCGUCACUCCAAGCACAGGUUUUACAUAUUUAAUUACGUGUACUCGUCUGCGGUGACCAGCAAUCAAACACAGAUUCAGAAAGAAGAAGAAGAAGAAAACAGAAAUAACAUUUCCAUUAUCACUCAUGGGUCUGACAGAAAAAUUUUACCAAGGAAGGCCACUGACAAUUUCACUACUACAACACAAGUGGCAAGGGAAGAGCAGAAGCACUUUGAUGCAACUGGAAAUGGCAGAAAGUCUGAGCGCAGAACAACUACUGGAAGCAGCCAAAAUUUAUAUAGACAUUAUGGAAACACCACAAAUCAUGAUCUCCACCAGCAUCACUUGAAGGUAAUUGUAAACCAGGAAGGAAAUGAAAUUGCUACAGGAGAUAACACCAUUGAAAUAGAUGGGAGUGGGGACAUAGGCUUUCCAGGCCAAAUUGACACCCAUCAUGGCGUCAUUAUUGGCAAUGAAUAUCAUGACCGAGUCAAAGACCACCAAGACACAAGAGGCACUGAAAAACUUUGGGGGGAAGAUAAAGAUGGCAAAUCUGGGUUAUCUAGUAAUACCAAGUCAUCAAAAGAUCACUACAUCAAAAUAGAGAUGAAGGAGAAUGAUGCCAGUGCAGUCUUGGGAAACAAUCCUUUCCAUGAUAUUCCCAAGAAAAUUAAAGACCCACCGAGCAAAGAUUAUUCAAAAGUCCACUUGAAAGUCAUAACGGAUGCCACCAAUAGGGAGCCAGGAAAAGAAGAAGGUGGUCAUGUUCAUUUGUUAGACAAAAGCAAAGGGGAUAACAGUACCACCAAACUACAUCCAAGUCUCAAAGGAAAAGCCAACAUUUCUCCGGAACGUCUAGGGGAAAUUGAACUCAUGAGAACCAGAGUUCAGAUCGUAGACACCGGUGAAAUUAAAGUGGCUAAUGAAAAUGGUACUGGCAAUGCUACAAAAGGCAAAGAUGGGUAUACAGAGACAGUUAGGAAGCUGAAUGGGCAGAAGGACGGAUAUGGAGUUACCAAACCACAUAAAAAGGAUGAAGUAAAAGAUGGUGUCACUAGUGGCAGCCAUGUGGAAAUAGCUGGUGUUACCAACCUACAGAAGAAAGAUGAAACUAGAAAGGAUGUCACUAAUGCAAGGUCCAAGAGCCAUCUGGAAGCAGCUGGCGUUACCAAACUACAGAAAAAAGAUGGUGGAAUUGGUACCAAAGAAAGGCUUAUCAGUCACGUGGGGGAUCUUGGUGAUGCCAAGGCAGAGAAAACAAAUCAAAGCGAAGUUAUAUUGAGCAGGAAACUAAACGGUCAUGUGGAUGGAUCUGGUAUUACUAAGUCACAUUCAAAAGGUGAACUUACUCUCCUUUCUGGCAAACAAAUUUCAGAUUCUGGUACAACAGAGCACGGUCAAAAAAGUCCCAGUGAAGUUGGUAUUAUUCAUAAAAGGCCUAGUAUUGGUGAAGGGGGCAGUUAUGGGGAAACAAACGAAAAUGCUCAUGAGAUGACUAAAAGUGGCAGAACAGGAUUUGGUGUCACAUUUCAGAAAGUCAACAAGGACACUGCAGAAAGAGCUAUCGGUUACAAGAAAGCCACUGGAGAUUCUGCAGAUCUCAAGAGGAGUGAUAUAGAUUCUUCCAACAAAAAGGAGGAGCUCAGUGGUCAAAAAUCGAUCCAGUUCAAAAGUGCCCUGUCCGAAUCUCGUGGGUCUCACGGAAGUAUCCAAGACCUCAUUCAUAUUCCAAAGAAUGAGAAGCUGAAAAGUCAGGAUCACUCGUUGGCCACUGUGAAGAGCAAUAAGAAGGUUAUGAAGCCAAGCAAAAAGGCAUCUAGGGUUAAUACUGGAACGUAUGGCAGCAGUGCAGCUAAGCACUACCAUGGGUAUUCGGGUGUCCUGCGGAGAAAGAGCAGUCAACAUGGUAAGAGGCGUCAAUCUGUCCGUAGAAGUGACAGCAGCCAAUCAUCGGAGAGUGAGGAAAACAGCCGCCAGUCAUAUGAAGACUAUCAGAAUGACAGACCCGACAGUUAUCAAUCACCUGAGAGUACUGAAGGAGACCGAUCUGAUGAAAGUCAUGAAAGCGAUGACCGCAGCCAAAGAACCAACUCACAAGAAGAUUCCCAGGAGCGGAAAAGCACUGCUUGAUUUGCUUGCAUUUGUUCAGAAGAAAAAAAGAGCCUAAAAUGCACUUGACUAGGUCAUACAUAGGCCAUCAUUACGUGGCAUUGCUCUGGUGCGCAGAAUAAAGCUAAAAUCCUAUAACCACUUGCUUGGAAGCAAGAUCCAUUGAACUCAAUGGGAUUUACUUUGGAGUAGGCAUAUAUCAGAGCAUUGCACUUCAAGAGCCGUUAUUAGGGCUGGGUCGAAAUAACUCACAAGUGUUUUCAGCUGUACCUCCCUUGCUCAAUUAUUUUAGAGGGGGGCACUAAUGGCAAAAUGGAUAGCUCAUUGUGUAAAUUGGCUUUGCUAGCUCUUAUUCUUAGUGAUGUCAUUAUAUUGCACAAUCUGCUUGCCGCAUGACACCCUGACGUGGUCCCAUAACCCAUCCUUCCC